AUGAUGAAUGCCCACGCCAACCUAGCUCUGGCCGCUUUGGCAUUCCCAGCCCACAUGCCCAACUCUAAAUUCUCCCACAUCCGAUCACGAUGCACCCGACGCCCACCCCUUCCACUCUCAAUGGCGGCACAUCCACCAAUCCGAAGUAACCCAACACAGAUCACAAUGAGCACCACCGGCAGUGCCAGUGCCGGCGGGGAGCAAGCCGGCAUCUCCGGCACGGACCGCUUCCGCAUGCUAGACUUCCAUCACGUCGAGUUUUGGUGUGCCGAUGCCGCCUCCGCUGCCGGACGCUUCUCCUUCGGGCUCGGCGUGCCACUCGCCGCAGAGUCCGGCCUCUCCACGGGGAACACCGCGCACGCCUCCCACCUACUCCACUCGCGCUCGGGCUCUCUCGCGUUCCUCUUCAGCGCCCCAUACGCACAGGGCAACGCGGUCACCGCGUCCGUGCCCUCCUUCGACGCCGACACCGCACGCCGCUUUACCGCAGACCACGGCCUUGCGGUGCGCGCCGUGGCCGUCCGUGUCCCCGACGCCGCCGCGGCCUUCCGCACGAGCGUCGAUGCUGGAGCGCGCCCGUCCUUUGCCCCUGCUGAGCUCGGACACGGCUUCCAGCUCGCGGAGGUCCAGCUCUACGGAGACGCCGUUCUCCGCUUCGUGAGCUACCCAGACGAGACGGCCAUACCCUUCUUGCCGAGGUUCGAGAGCAUCCCCAGCUCCGGGGCUACACCGGACUACGGGCUCACACGGUUCGACCACAUCGUCGGCGACGUCCCUCACCUGGCUCCGGUCGCUGCAUACAUAGCCGGGUUCACAGGGUUCCACGAGUUCUCUCGCUUCACUGGAGACCAGGUGGGCACGGCCGAGAGCUCCCUCAACGUCGUGGUGCUCGCCAACAAUUCAGAGAAUGUACUGCUCACCGUCGUCGAGCCAGUGCACGGCACCAAGCGCCGGAGCCAGGUACAGACAUACCUGGACCACCACGGCGGCUCGGGCGUGCAGCACCUGGCCAUGGCCAGCGACGACGUGCUCGGCACGUUGAGGAAAAUCCGUGCGCGGUCCACCAUGGGCGGCUUUGAGCUUCUCCCACCGCCACCAGCCAGCUACUAUGACGAUGUAAGGCGGCACGCCGGGGACGUGCUGUCAGAAGCACAGAUUAAGGAGUGCCAGGAGCUAGGCGUACGGGUGGACAAGGAUGACCAUGGAGGUGUUGUGCUCCAAAUAUUCACAAAGGCGGCGGGCGACAGGCCAACCUUGCUGUUGGAGUUUAUCCAAAGGAUCGGAUGCAUGGAGAAGGACGAGAACGGGCAGGAAUACCAGAGGGGUGGCUGCGGUGGAUUUGGCCAAGGUAACGUCACUGAGCUGUUCAAGUCCAUUGAGGACUAUGAAAAGUCUCUUGACGCUUCUGCACGCCUGGCCGCCUAA